ACGAGGCACAGCCACACAUCCACAUUGUCUCCUCUCAGUCGCUUAUUAAACUUACAUGGCAUAUUAGUAUUAUCUUGAGCUAUAUCACAACUGCUUCUGCUUCAGAAAAAUUCAGUCUCCAUUGCAGGCUGAACCAUGGCUUCAGCUACUCUCUCAUUAGCCAAACCAGCUCUUAAGGCAAAUGGGAAAGGCUUCUCUGAUUUCUCCGGCCUCCGAUCAGCCAACCUUCCCUUUUCUAGAAAAACUUCAGAGGACUUCCAUUCUGUCAUUGCCUUCCAGACAUACGCAGUUGGAAGCAGUGGAGGAUACAAGAAAGGUGUAGUGGAAGCAAAGCUGAAGGUGGCCAUAAACGGUUUCGGUAGGAUUGGAAGGAACUUCUUGAGGUGCUGGCACGGUCGAAAGGACUCUCCUCUGGAUGUCAUUGCUAUCAAUGACACCGGAGGUGUCAAGCAAGCUUCUCACCUUCUCAAGUACGAUUCCACCCUUGGAAUCUUUGGUGCUGAUGUCAAGCCUGUUGGUACUGAUGGCAUCUCUGUAGAUGGAAAGGUCAUCAAAGUUGUUUCCGACCGUAACCCUGCAAACCUUCCAUGGGGGGAGUUAGGGAUUGAUUUGGUGAUUGAAGGAACAGGGGUGUUCGUGGACAGAGAAGGUGCAGGCAAGCACAUUCAAGCAGGAGCUAAGAAGGUUCUCAUCACAGCCCCUGGCAAGGGAGACAUCCCAACCUACGUUGUUGGAGUUAAUGCUGAUGCUUACAGCCAUGAUGAUGACAUCAUCAGCAAUGCUUCUUGCACUACUAACUGCCUUGCCCCUUUUGUCAAGGUUCUUGAUCAGAAAUUUGGUAUUAUCAAGGGUACCAUGACUACCACUCACUCCUACACCGGUGACCAGAGGCUUCUUGAUGCCAGCCACCGUGACCUCCGCCGUGCGAGAGCAGCAGCUCUCAACAUUGUCCCUACAUCAACAGGAGCAGCAAAGGCUGUGGCCCUUGUCCUCCCAACCCUCAAAGGCAAGCUCAACGGCAUUGCCCUCCGUGUGCCGACACCAAACGUUUCGGUGGUGGACCUUGUUGUUCAGGUCACAAAGAAGACUUUCGCAGAGGAAGUGAAUGCAGCAUUCAGAGAGAGUGCAGACAAUGAGCUCAAUGGCAUCCUCUCAGUUUGUGAUGAGCCCCUUGUGUCAGUAGAUUUUAGGUGCACUGAUGUGUCCUCAACCGUUGACUCAUCUUUGACCAUGGUCAUGGGAGAUGACAUGGUGAAGGUGAUUGCUUGGUAUGAUAAUGAAUGGGGUUACUCUCAGAGGGUUGUGGAUUUGGCUGACAUUGUUGCCAAUAACUGGAAGUGAAGCCAAUCAAAUCCAAUUUGUUAAUUAUGUAUCAUGUGAUCUUGUGAUUUUGUAUGCUUACUAUAUAUAGUCCUUGCUUCAUUUUUCGUUAUAAACUUGUACUGAGAAAUAGAACGAUCAAUUUUCUCUUGCUUCUCAUUGUGCAAUAAAUUCUUACCCUUAAA